AUGUGUCCGCCUCCUCCGCCGCCGCGGCUGCCUUUGUUCUGGCACCGGAUUGAAGAGGUGCAGAGUUCAGACCGAAGAGGUGCAGAGUUCAGACUGAAGAGGUGCAGAGUUCAGACCGAAGAGGUGCAGAGUUCAGACCGAAGAGGUGCAGAGUUCAGAUUGAAGAGGUGCAGAGUUCAGACCAAAGAGACUGAAGAGGUGCAGAGUUCAGACCAAAGAGGUGCAGAGUUCAGACUGAAGAGGUACAGAGUUCAGACCGAAGAGGUGCAGAGUUCAGACCGAAGAGGUGCAGAGUUCAGACUGAAGAGGUACAGAGUUCAGACCGAAGAGGUGCAGAGUUCAGACCGAAGAGGUGCAGAGUUCAGACUGAAGAGGUGCAGAGUUCAGACCGAAGAGACCGAAGAGGUGCAGAGUUCAGACCGAAGAGGUGCAGAGUUCAGACUGAAGAGGUGCAGAGUUCAGACUGAAGAGGUGCAAAGUUCAGACCGAAGAGGUGCAGAGUUCAGACUGAAGAGGUGCAGAGUUCAGACCGAAGAGACUGAAGAGGUGCAGAGUUCAGACCAAAGAGGUGCAGAGUUCAGACUGAAGAGGUGCAGAGUUCAGACUGAAGAGGUGCAGAGUUCAGACCAAAGAGGUGCAGAGUUCAGACUGAAGAGGUACAGAGUUCAGACCGAAGAGGUGCAGAGUUCAGACCGAAGAGGUGCAGAGUUCAGACUGAAGAGGUACAGAGUUCAGACCGAAGAGGUGCAGAGUUCAGACCGAAGAGGUGCAGAGUUCAGACUGAAGAGGUGCAGAGUUCAGACCGAAGAGACCGAAGAGGUGCAGAGUUCAGACCGAAGAGGUGCAGAGUUCAGACUGAAGAGGUGCAGAGUUCAGACUGAAGAGGUGCAAAGUUCAGACCGAAGAGGUGCAGAGUUCAGACUGAAGAGGUGCAGAGUUCAGACCGAAGAGACCGAAGAGGUGCAGAGUUCAGACCGAAGAGGUGCAGAGUUCAGACUGAAGAGGUGCAGAGUUCAGACUGAAGAGGUGCAGAGUUCACCUCUUCAGACUGAAGAGACUGAAGAGGUGCAAAGUUCAGACCGAAGAGGUGCAGAGUUCAGACCGAAGAGGUGCAGAGUUCAGACUGAAGAGGUGCAGAGUUCAGACCGAAGAGGUGCAGAGUUCAGACUGAAGAGGUGCAAAGUUCAGAUUGAAGAGGUGCAGAGUUCAGACCGAAGAGGUGCAGAGUUCAGACUGAAGAGGUGCAGAGUUCAGAUUGAAGAGGUGCAGAGUUCAGACCGAAGAGGUGCAGAGUUCAGACUGAAGAGGUGCAGAGUUCAGACCAAAGAGACCGAAGAGGUGCAGAGUUCAGACCGAAGAGGUGCAGAGUUCAGACUGAAGAGGUGCAGAGUUCAGACUGAAGAGGUGCAGAGUUCACCUCUUCAGACUGAAGAGACUGAAGAGGUGCAAAGUUCAGACCGAAGAGGUGCAGAGUUCAGACCGAAGAGGUGCAGAGUUCAGACUGAAGAGGUGCAGAGUUCAGACCGAAGAGGUGCAGAGUUCAGACUGAAGAGGUGCAAAGUUCAGAUUGAAGAGGUGCAGAGUUCAGACCGAAGAGGUGCAGAGUUCAGACUGAAGAGGUGCAGAGUUCAGAUUGAAGAGGUGCAGAGUUCAGACCGAAGAGGUGCAGAGUUCAGACUGAAGAGGUGCAGAGUUCAGACCAAAGAGACUGAAGAGGUGCAGAGUUCAGACCGAAGAGGUGCAGAGUUCAGAUUGAAGAGGUGCAGAGUUCAGAUUGAAGAGGUGCAGAGUUCAGACCGAAGAGGUGCAGAGUUCAGACUGAAGAGGUGCAGAGUUCAGACUGAAGAGGUGCAGAGUUCAGACCAAAGAGGUGCAGAGUUCAGACUGAAGAGGUGCAGAGUUCAGACUGAAGAGGUACAGAGUUCAGACCGAAGAGGUGCAGAGUUCAGAUUGAAGAGGUGCAGAGUUCAGACCGAAGAGGUGCAGAGUUAA